AUACCUGAUUUGUGGGCUUAAAACGUCAAAAACAAUUUGCUCGCUAAUAAUUACAAGUGAUUUCGUUGUGCUGCAGUGAAAAUUUCGUGCAAAUUCGCAAACUUAAAUUUUUCCCAUGAAGAAAAUGGAUGUGCCCAACGAUACAAAGGGCAUUGAAAAUCUACUGAAGUCGGAGGGCAUCACGGACUAUGAUCCGGGACUAGUAAAAGUGCUGCUUAACAAGGGAUACUCUCUAAUUAAGGAAGAAUUGCUGCAACGCAAGAAGCGUGCAGAUAUAGCGAAGGCUGUCGGAAAUAUUGACCAGUCUUCGGCUUCAGCCAAGGCUACGGAUGCCCAUAGGGAUAAUGGUGGGCCGGGUACAAGCUCUUCGGCCAUGACUUAUGCACAGAACUGGAGCACACCAAUGGACAUCGAAGAUAGCUAUGGUCCCAGCUGUUCGGCCUGGAAUUCUGCAGAGCCCAUGGACAUCGAUGUUUACGUCGAUAAUUCGGAUACUCCAGGUCCCAGCUGUUCGGACUUGAAUUCUGACAAACCUUUGAACUCGCAGGAAAUGGAGAUCGAAGUGCCAACCUCUUCGGCCUUGAAAGGGUCAACAGGAACAAUUCUUGACUCAUCGGACUCCGAUUGAAAUACUUAUUACAUAUAUAAUAUACUAAUCUAGUAUUAA